AUGAUGUGGGGUGCAGGCAGCCCCCUGGCCUGGCUCUCUGCUGGCCCAGGAAACAUGAACAUGAGCAGCGUGGGUUCAACAGAGGGGCCCACAGGCCCAGCCACGCCACUGCCCUCACCUAGGGCCUGGGAUGUAGUGCUGUGCAUCUCAGGUACCCUUGUGUCCUGUGAGAAUGCGCUGGUGGUGGCCAUCAUCGUGGGCACUCCCGCCUUCCGUGCCCCCAUGUUCCUGCUGGUGGGCAGCCUGGCUGUGGCAGACCUGCUGGCAGGCCUGGGUCUGGUCAUGCACUUUGCUGCUGUCUUCUGCAUUGGCUCGGCAGAGAUGAGCCUGGUGCUGGUCGGCAUGCUGGCCAUGGCCUUUACUGCCAGCAUUGGCAGCCUACUGGCCAUCACCGUUGAUCGCUACCUUUCUCUGUACAAUGCGCUCACCUACUACUCAGAGACGACAGUGACGCGGACCUAUGUGAUGCUGGCCCUAGUGUGGGGAUGCGCAUUGGGCCUGGGGCUGCUGCCUGUGCUGGCCUGGAACUGCCUGGAUGCCCGGGCCACGUGCGGCGUGGUAUAUCCAUUCUCCAAGAACCAUCUGGUGGUCCUGGCCGUUGCUUUCUUCAUGGUGUUUGGCAUCAUGCUGCAACUCUAUGCCCAGAUCUGUCGCAUCGUCUGCCGUCAUGCCCAGCAGAUUGCCCUCCAGCGGCACCUGCUGCCUGCCUCCCACUACGUGGCCACCCGAAAGGGCAUUGCCACCUUGGCCGUGGUGCUUGGCGCCUUUGCCACCUGCUGGCUGCCCUUCACCGUCUACUGCCUGUUGGGCGAUGCCCACUCCCCACCCCUCUACACCUAUCUCACCCUGCUCCCUGCCACUUACAACUCCAUGAUCAACCCCAUCAUCUAUGCCUUCCGCAACCAGGAUGUGCAGAAGGUGCUGUGGGCUGUCUGCUGCUGCUGUUCCUCUUCCAAGAUCCCCUUCCGAUCCCGUUCCCCCAGUGACGUCUAGUCGCAUCCUAGUGACCCUUCAGCCCUGAUCACUACAGAAUUCCAGAAUGUUAGGUCCUCCAGGGCUUUGUUCCAACCCUCCAGCUCCACACCCCAAGACCCAGCUGGUUCUGGAGUUCUAGGACUUUGGGUGUUUCACAGGAUUCUGUUCAGAUCCCUGCAGGGCCCAGCUGGCUCCAUGGUUCUAGAAUGUUCAGGUGGUCAGGGUUCCACUCAGAAAUGUCCCACAGCCCAGCUGGCUUGGAGUUCCAGGAUGCUGCUGGGUGUUUUCCAGUGCCAUUCCAAGUCCCUGAUCUUCCCCUCCCUUGACCUUGACCAUGUCGCUUUACUUCUGAGUUUCUGAACUAGAAUCAGAGAGGUUAGUUACUCCGUUGAUAGAUAAGAGAAAGAUUUAUCUGUAUAUAUGUGCACAUACAGAGUAUCUAUUUAUUAUUUAUUUAUUUAUGCAUUUAUUUAUGGGUGUUAGGGGAAGAAAAGAGACCCACACCUUGAAAUCCAGGCCAUACCAGGGUACUCCCAGUCCCCAACACCCUCAUUUCUGACCUCAGUUCCUAGAUGGGGGAAAGGGAGAGAGAGAAACCACGUAUUUUGUUAUUAUUUUUGCUUGUUUUUUAUCAAAGAGAUCAUAGAAACCAGAGCCUUCUCCCAGGGCCCGCCACCCUCGGGUUUGCAGGGGGAACAUACCAGCCUCUGGUUUUUUAUUUUUUUAAGAAACCAUCUCCUGAGAAACCGAGAAUUCCUCUGCGCUGGGGGCCGGCUGCCCUCUGGUGGCCGUUUUCGGGUAACUGCAGCCCGGCCGGCAGCCGGGACCAGGCCAAGCAACCCCAACUCCACUCCAGCCUGGUGUCCAGCGCCACAGCCAGAGUCUGGCGGCCAGGCCUCACCCUGCGGUGCCCUAGAGGAGGCAGGGUGCGAGCCAACGCCAGACCCCUCUGCCAACUGGGGUAUGGUCCCCAGUGCAAUCCCUAUUCCUGUCCCUGACCCAACCCUCAAUAAAAAUGAUUUUGUGAUAAAUUUGUGUGUGUGUGUGUGUGUGUGUGUGUGUGUGGAGGGGGUGGAGUGGGGCCUGAUGGGGGACAGCCUGGAAUGGGGGAUUAUGCCAGGCCCGGGGGCCUGUGGGGUAUAUGAGGAGAUGGAGACCCAGGUGGAAUGUGGCCGGCAGGUGACACCUCCCACCCCAGGAUGCCUAUCUGAUGGGUCCCCCUGCUCAGACACAGGCACCGCCAGGCAAGAACCCCACCAUCCCCUGGGGACUGGAACCCCUGUUGCUAGACCCUUUUGGGGUUGAAGAUGCCUACAUCCUGCCCACAUGAGCUUUAGCUUGGCCUUUGGCAUGAAGGAUAUACUCAAAGCAUGUAGGUGUUCUUAACAACAGCCCUUUCCAGUCAUGGGCAUUUACUGUGUGCUAGGCACUGUGCUAAGUGUACUACACCCAUUACCACAUUUAUGCCUAACAAGCAUCCCAUGGCACAGGUAAUAAUAACUUCUCCAUUUUACGGAUGAGGAAACAGGCUGAGGGAGAUUCAGUGGCCAGCUCAAGGUCAUACAGCUAGGAAAUGAUAGAGCCAGAAUUCAAACCAGGAACACUUGUUUCCAGAACCUGUGCAAUACUGGCCAAUGCCCCCCCCCCAUCUCCUUCCUUCCCAACCCUAGGGCUUACGACAUUCUGGACUCAGAUUUGUGUUGGGGUUCAUUCUCAAGCCAGCAGCCACAUUUUGGGAGGUGGCCGGUUGGGGUCUGUUCAUUCAGGAGCUGAAGAGCUUUUUUGCUACGCAAAGGUGAGUGAUGGUAAGUGUGUGCGUGUGCUCUUGUGUGCCUUUGAGGAUGUAAGUGUUCAGGACCCUGAAUUUCGGUGUUUUGGAACCAGAAAGGACAUGUUCAACAGGCAAGGGCAGGAGCAGGUUUGGGGUGUGGCUGAAGAGGAAGCUCUGACUACCCAAACCCCCCAUCUUCCUGGGUGGGCAAAGCCUGGAGGUGGGGCCCUCAGAGCACCUCCACUGUACAGAUAGGGAGACUGAGGCCCGAAGAACAGCCACUUGCUCAAACACACAGCUGUGCCAGGCUAGGACUCAGGUCUUUCUCCAUUUCCCUGGCCAGAGGUUUCUGCCUGGUGUUCAAGACCCCUCCCCAGUAGUAGCCACAGGAAUCCAAGGCGAGUGGACAUGCCAACAGGGGCUGGGUCAGAGCUGGUGGAGGGCGGCCCUGGGCUUAGGUACAUAUGGCUCCAGUCCAGGCACAAAGUGGAGAGGGUCCACCAGAUCUGGCUGAGGCUUAUCUCUCUCCCCACCUUCCUGGAAGAUCCCUGGGAAAAGACCCCCACUCAGGAAUCACCUGUUCUAUGCCAAAUAUCGCAUACAACAUCACCAUGGUCCACUGGGUGGUACUAUUACUCUCCCCACUUUACAGAAGAGAAAGUUGAGGCGCUGAGAGUAAUGGGUUUUCAUUUAUUCACUGCUGUCCUUGUGGACAGCUUAAAUUCUAGCCAGGGGAGACAGUAAUAAAGAGAUAAGCUAAAACAUGGUAAUGUCAGAGAGUGAUGGGUCCUCAGAGAAAAACAGAGAAGGGGCACAGGGAGCGCGUGUAAUCUCUAAAUGAGGGUGCCCCCAAAAGGCCUUCCUGAAGGUGACGUUUGAUUUGCCUAAAGUCGCAUAGUUAGUAAAAGAGUUGAGCUGAGAUUUGAACCCAGGUCCAUUUGACUCCAAAUCUGUUUCUUUCCUAGGUGAGGAGCAGCUCAGAAACAGCAAGCAAGGAAACCAGGGCUGGGAGCUCUGUCCCCAGGCUAGGGAAAAUGUGGGGCUCUUCAGGCUACCCCUAGACCUUUGGGAGGGGCAGUGUAGGAACAGGCCUCCUUGCUGCCUCCGCCUCACUCCCAAGGAGCACCCACCAAGGACCAGAAGGAGAGGGGCCAGGUGCCUCUCCUGCCCUGGGUGGGCUUGGCCCUUUGCUUCCCCGUCCUAGCUUCUGGCUCCAGGGCCUGGCAGGGCCAAAUGCUGGCCAGCCUCAUGU